AUGGUCAAACUAGAUGGCAACGCUGUAUUGGAAUAUGCUACUUUCAAAGUUCCUUACGAGGAGCUCAAUAUGGAGUUUCGGCGAGGGCACAAGAACAUGGAAAGAGUUGGUGCUGGGUUGAAGAGAUCGGUAACUUCAUUGCGCAGCGCCCUUUCAGAAAAGGAUGGAUGCGUCUCUGUAACAACUACUCGUGAGGCAUUCCGAGAUUUCAAGUUAAAACUUGAACAACUCGAUGUUGCAAAAAGAGAAGCUGUGAGAAAGCAAAGACAGUUCAUUAAUAGUAUGCAGUCACGUAUCCAAUUUCUGCGAAACGAGGAUAUUUCGCGCGAAAAAACUCAGCGAGACCUUGAGAUGUGGCGGCGCGAUCGUCAACAAGUAGCACGGCUCAUUUGCAGUCAGAUGUUGAGAUGUGGUCAUGUAGAGAGUGCAAAGGCUUUGGCCCAUGAAAUGGAGAUUUCCAACAUGGUCGACUUGGAGGUGUUUACCAAGGUUGAGCGGGUUGUCAACGCUUUACUUAGCAAAGAUACAAAUCCUUGCCUGGAAUGGGUUGGUGAGCAUAGAUCAAAGUUGAGGCGAAUGGAUAGCAAGCUGGAACAGGUUGUGCGAGUUCAGAAUGCUGUGGAGCUUGUACGUGAUGGUCGAGUAAAAGACGCACUGAUGUACAUCAGAAAACAUUUAGGAUCUUCGAAGGAUGGAUGGUGUGAGGACGCCAUGAAGCUAAUGGGCCUAAUAGCUCUUCGCAGUCAUAACGACAUUCCGGCGUACAAAGAGCUUCUCAGUGAUCAGCGUUGGCAAAAAUUAGCAGAUCUGUUCCGUGAAGAAGUAUUCGCUUUAUAUCAGCUCCCACGUCAGUCUGCUUUCGCCAUGUGCCUUCAGUGUGGUCUUAGCGCUUACAAAACUCCACACUGCUCCCCUGGUGGAGUGGAAAGAUGUCCAACUUGUCAACCAUGUGCCUAUGCUUUAGCCGAAGGGCUUCCAUACGCCCAUACCGUCAAUUCGAGACUAAUCUGCUCCUACUCUGGCGAGGCAUUAAACGAAGAAAAUCAUCCCAUGAUGAUGCCUGAUGGAAGAGUAUAUGGAGAGAAGGCGAUUCGUGAAUUACAGUUUUCCAUCAUCUUUAAUUCACUCUAG